GAUUUGUGGCCGGAGUUAUACUUCGGGAACGGUUGCCAUCGUUUGAGCGCAUGUUAUGGCGCGUCUGCAGAGGCAAUGUCUUCCUAAGACAGGCUGAGAUCGAGGCGCCUCUGGAGGACCCGCACACCGGCGACAAUGUCUAUAAGUCUGUGUUCAUUAUCUUCUUUCAAGGAGAACAACUCAAAUCUAGAGUUAAGAAGAUAUGCGAAGGCUUUCGGGCCACUCUAUACCCGUGUCCGGAGACCCCAUCGGACAGACGAGAAAUGAUUGGCGGCGUUGUGUCUCGUAUUGAAGACUUGAAUACAGUACUAUCGCAGACAACAGAGCACAGACACCGAGUGCUGGUGGCGGCGGCCAAAAACAUCAAGAACUGGUUCGUCAAAGUGCGCAAAAUUAAGGCCGUUUACCACACGUUGAAUAUGUUUAAUCUGGACGUCACGCAAAAGUGUCUGAUCGCUGAGUGCUGGUCAGCGGUGGACGACUUGGAGCGCAUCCAAAUGGCUUUACGUCGCGGCACAGAACGCAGCGGUUCGUCGGUUCCCUCUAUACUGAACCGAAUGGAAACACACGAAGUGCCGCCUACUUAUAACCGCACCACUAAG